AAAAUCGUUUUUUUGCAUCAAAACAAAAUGUAUUUUACUUAACCGAUUGUGGAUGGGUUGUAUUGGUCGCCAGCUAUUCAAAACAGCCACUCUUGUGGCGGCAAACGGAGGCCAUUGUCGCGGAGUUCGACCGCAUGCUGCUGCAGGCGGAGGGGCAGCUGAAGGAGGUGGUGGAGUCAUCGUGCGCUGACGUGGCUGCCAGGCUGCAGAGCUGCUUGCAGGCGCACCGCCAGCGGUCCUGCAACUGCUUCCCGGCGAUGGAGCAGUACCGCAACUGCGUGCUGCGGGCAACCCAGAACCGCGUGGACGACCUGGCGGAGAGAGAGCCACCGAUGCUGCCGGUCGUACCGCCCCAGUCGAUCCCUCGUCCCGCUGUGCCGCCACCGAACCAGCGCUCGAAUCGCAGAUGGUGGAAGUUCUGGACCUGGUUUCGCUAGCCAGGAGGAUUCACCCAUCCAUCCCAAUCGCCGUCCGUUCUCAGCUGAAACAGUAGUAGUUCGUGGGCGAACACCCAGCCCCAUUUAAUGUAACGAAAUGCCUUUAUUAAUUAGAAACACAAGCCACUAGCCAGAAUCCAUUUUUGCUUAUUUCCACGGUAGGAGGUGCAGCUGCAGCUAGGAACGUGGCUGCUUGGGCAAUUGAUAUGGCUCCAAUUAGUCUGAGCCCUUGGAA